UCGCAUCAUGCCAUCUCUUCUCUGUCCGGAUCUUUGGAAAUACGCACACUGGCCUCAUUCAAGGAAGAAAUAAACGAUUUAGAAUAAAAAACAAUUACUCCUGCACUAAUAAAUCAACAUAUCUGAAGGGAGGAACUGAGGAGUGGAGGUAGGAAUAAGAGAGGGAUCCUGUGGUUCUGCCCCAAAUCCACAUGCACAGUGUUUAAGGUAGGCAGCAUGAAGCACUGAAGACCUGAAGGACGCAUUGCAUUUCUUUCUGUUUCUUUACUUUGAUUUUCUUGAAUUUCUUUGAAAUUUUGACCCACUGAAUGCAUAAUUUAUAUGUACUGUAUAUUUUAUUCGACUUAAUGAAUGAUUUAUGAUUGAAAGAGAAUCGUAUGUUUUGUGAUCCAUCUACGGUUGGCAUUAAGGAUAAGUGAAGAGGUGGACCACUGAAGAAGAAGAAGAAGAAGAAGAAGAGGCUUUAAUGUAAUCCAUGUCACCUGAACACACUCUCUAUACUCAUAAAAAGACAAGAACACAUUAAAUAUUGAUGUCCGCACACGUUCACGAAUUUCCACCAGAUCUUCGUUCUCUGGACAUUUUAGUAAGAAUCUGUUCUAAAACUGAACAAUCCUCAAACCUCUAAUCUUCAUGUAGUUCUCGUCCACUCAUCGUUCAUUUUCACAGAGCAAUAAUCUGAACAGUAAGCACUUCACUGGAAUGUAUCAGCUAAGUGAAACCAAAGACGUGUAAAAAAGUUGAACAAUCCACGCUUCUAAUCUUCCAUUCUCAAUCAGACACUGUGCAACAUCUCCAUCACCUUCAUCAUCACCAUCAUCUUCAUCUUCUUCUCAGGUCAGUCGGAUUUUCCUUUAUCAUGCUCGUCUUCCACGCUAUGGACUCAUCGCAGACUUUCCUUUUCUUUUAAACAUCACAAACCUCAAAAAAAAAAUCAAGUCUUCCAUUACAAACGAGGAAGAUUAAAUCGCUAAGUUAUAAUCAAGCAACACAACAGUAACAAAACAAUCGAUCUCAUCAUCACAAAAACAAACGAAACAAAUUCAGAAGCAGAGUGAAGAGCAUCGCUGGAGUGAGCGGACGCUCCUGGACACCGCUUCAGUGAAGUGAAGAGAAGGAAGGAGAAAAGUCCAGGACCACGUGGAGAAAGUAAACACUGCUUUACUAAACACUGUAGUGACUCCUUCCGAAAUCCACUGCUGUGUCGUGGGACACACACAGAGACCCUCUGAUCUACAACAGCUGUGUGUGAGUGUGUGUGUGAGUGAGUGUGUGUGUGUGUGUGAGUGAGUGUGUGUGAGUGUGUGUGUGUAUAUGUGUAUGUCCCUCUCUUGGGUGAAGAUGACUGCAGUCCAGGUGAUGUGGCUCCCGCUGCUGCUGCUGUGUAUCCUACAGGCUCGACUCAGCAGCUCAGCGUGUGUGGAGGUCGACUCAGACACCGAGGCUGUGGCAGGACAAGACUUCCGGCUGGGAUGCAUUUCCUGUAAGAUGCGAGGCGAGGUGGAAGCCACGGCCACCGUGGACUGGUGGUUUAUGGCAAAAGGAGAGAGCGACUUCACCCACAUCUACAGUUACAGCAAUGAGAUGGGCUUGGUGACAGACGAGCGCUUCCUGGGCCGUGUCGAGUGGGCGGGCAGUAAAAAGACGCUCGACCUGCAGGACGGAUCUUUAAAAAUCCUCAACGUCACCUUCAACGACACGGGGACGUACCGCUGCUACUUCGACCGCACGCUCUCCUUCACAUACUACGAGUUUCACACCAAUGCCACCAAAUUCAUUACCAUCAACGUUGUGGCCAAAGAGACUCGUGGCAUGGCCUCCAUCCUGUCAGAGGUGAUGAUGUAUGUGUCGAUCAUCGGUCUGCAGCUGUGGUUACUGGUGGAGAUGGUUUACUGUUACAGGAAAAUUGCUGCAGCUGGAGAAGAAGCGCUGAGAGAGAGCGCGGCCGAGUAUUUAGCCAUCACUUCUGAGAGUAAAGAUAACUGCACCGGCGUGGCUGUGGCCGAGUAACACACACACACCUGCAGUGGUUUGUGAGACGCAGUGAUGUGAGGAUUCAUCUCUGUGACCUGCGGCUGAUUUUCAGGGCCAUAAAUUCUCUGAUGCAUUACUAUGGCAACGACCUUCACCUGGAUAAUCUUCACCUCUUUACCUUCACCUGGUCCUCUUCCUCCCCAUCUGUACCAGACGAGCUGGAGGAUGUGUGUGUUUACGCAGAAUUACAUGGGCAGUGUUUCAUUCCUCUGAAGAACCCUGAGUAGUGCACUGAGGUACAGAGAUGUACAGACUGAAGCCCAGCGGGACUCGGACACAUAAAUAAACAAAUAAAUAAAUAAAUAAAUAUCUGAUAUAAAACUCAGCAUGAAUAAAUGUAGAAGUGACAUAAAAGCUGUAGAAUUGUACUAACACGAGCUGUACAUAUUUAUCAACUCUUUGUUUUCCUUCCACACAGAAUUUAUAUGCAAGCGUACAAAUGUGUUAAUGAUCGUUACUUCAGCGUAGAAAUGACACACUUUCAACUGAGAUUUUAUAAACAUGACUGAGCGCUAACAAUGCCAUGCUAAUGUAGCUACCCUCAUGCUAUACAACAUAAAGGUGAUACUUCAUCUCCCGCUGUAGUGUGAAGGCUGAAAGAAGGAACGCUGUUAGUGAAUUAGUGUGAAUAAAAAUCACUAGCCAUCUUACCAUUUUUUAAAUUUAAUUAUAACAACGUGGCUUAAAUAAUAAUAAUAAUAAAAAAAAAAUCAAUAACAUUAAACACACACACUGUAAUGAAGAGUAUGGGAUGAAGUGCUAAUGCUAACGAAAACAACGAUAAUGCAGCUGCUUCUGUCCUUUUAUUUCUCGUAAAAGGAUAAUUCAACCUUGUGUAACAUUAGCGAAGGCUAAAACUGCUAACAAAUGAACAGCUAACACUGCCAAUUAGCACGACUGUAGAAUUACUAUCACAUUGUUUUAUACUCCGAUUUUUAAUCGAAAUUGAUUAGCAUGAAGCUGCAGUGUUAAGUGGCUACAACAACACUAACGCUAAUAACAUUACGCUAAUGCAUGCUACUGUUGCUGAACUCAAUCUAAUUAUCUCAGUAAAAGCACAUGACAACAAGCACUGCCAGGUAGCAAGUUAGCAUUUAACAUAAACAUUCACAAUAAGCUUUUAUUAAAUGUUAGCUUGACCUUGACCUGGUUUAACUAUCCCUUAUAUCAUAUUUUCAUAUUUGUAUGACAUCAUAAGUCAUCUACCAGUUAUUCAUUAACAUAAAGCUACAGAUGGCAGUUCUGUCAGUGAGGUGAGGAUGAACUCACUCGAGCACUGUGGUGUGAUCUGAUGGGAAAACUGUGAUGUUAAUAAUUUAACCAUCUAAAACUGACUAAAGGAAACAAAGCUGCAUGACACUGAGAUCAGAAUAAUUUCAUGUCUGUAAAUUUGUAUGCAAGUGUUUUUACUGCAUGAAACGUUCUAGUAUAAAGAAAAAAGAAACGUCAGCUAACAAUGGCUGACACUCUCACUGCUUACACACACACACACGCACACACACACUAAUAUUCACACACACACACACACUCAAACUCACACACACACACUCACACACACACACUCAUGCACACACACUCACACGCACACACACACUCAUAUUCACACACACACACACUAAUAUUCACACACACACACACUCAAACUCACACACACACACUCACACACACACACUCAUGCACACACACUCACACGCACACACACACUCAUAUUCACACACACACACGCACACACACACUAAUAUUCACACACACACACUCAAACUCACACACACACUCACACACACACACUCAUGCACACACACUCACACGCACACACACACUCAUAUUCACACACACACACGCACACACACACUAAUAUUCACACACACACACACUCAAACUCACACACACACACUCACACACACACUCAUGCACACACACUCACACACACACUCAUAUUCACACACAGACACACACACACUCAAACUCACACACACACUCACACACGCACACACUCAUAUUCACACACACACACUCAAACUCACACACACACACACUCACACACACACACACUCAUGCACACACACUCACACGCACACACACACUCAUAUUCACACACAGACACACACACACACUCAAACUCACUCACACACGCACACACUCAUAUUCACACACACACACUCAAACUCACACACACACACUCACACACACACUCAUGCACACACACUCACACACACACACACACACACACACUCUCAAACUCACACACACACUCAAACUCACGCACACACACUCACACACAAACACACACACAAACACACACACACAUUCACACACGCACACACAAACACACACAUACACACACACAUACAUACACACACAUGCUCACACACACACAUACACAGUAAGAUUCCUGGACAUUGAGCAUCUGUCAGAUAAUUCUGAAAUAAAUCUGUCUGUAAGAUUAACUGCUUAUCAUCACAUACAAAAUAAACACAGAUGAGUUUAAGAACAAAACUGAAUUUGAAACUGAAAUCGAUUCUGAAUUAAACUCUAAUUUAUCACUAUCAUCGGUUUCUGAAAAGAUUUUUUCUGUAUGAUCAGGUUUUGAACGCUGACAUUUAUUUCCUCAAUGUGCUAAUAAAGAACACGUAAAAUAUACAUGUACAACGCUAACAGUGCUAAUGUACAAGUGAACACAACGGGACUAGCGAACCCUUUUCUGCCUUUCACUCUCAUUAGCAACAUUAGCAUAAAUGUUGAUGUUCUCCUUUUAAAGAUAUUAGCAAAAUGUUUCCUAAUACUAAAUGAGUGUUGGGCUGCAAACACACACACAUACACACACAGAGAGACACAAACACACACUGUU